UGCAAAAAUAAGAAACGUUGUUAUUUUCACUAUAGAAUUUUUCAUCCUACAAUAAUUUAGUGAAAAGUGGUGAUACCGCGUAUUUCUCGCAAAUAUAGUUUGAAAAUUAUAAAAGAUUAUAAGCUAAUUUAAAGUCGUUGUGUUCCAUAUAUAUUCAUAUUUAGCAAAUUGUUUAUUCUCUUAGAUUACUUGGUUUCUACACCUCUUGUGUGAUACAGACCCCAAUUAUAAACCAUAGCCUUUUCACCAGUUUACACAUUUCAUUAUAAUAUUAAUGUAUAUCUGAAAUAUAGGGUUGUUUCCUUUUUAGCUUCAUAUAUAAGUUUUAGGAAUUUGUAAAAGUUUUAAUUUACUAACGUAUGUUUCUUCUUUCGAGCUCAUGUCUCCUUUCGUAAAUUACUCACACAAUUAAAUAAUCGUAUGAUAUUGUUUAACUUCAUCCAAUUAAAACAACUUUAAUAAAACAAAUUGUAUACAAAUGACCGACAUUCAGAAUAUACAAAAUGUAUCGGACUGUGUGCCGCUUUACUUGCCGCAUAGUUUAUACCUUAAACCGCUGGCCAAGAUGACAAUAUCUGUGUCAUUGCCUGUUAAUAAAACAGGAAAAUCCAUUUCCCACCUAGAUGUAAUGGAAAAAUUAAGUGCCGCUUUGAAACCAGAUAAGUUUUUUGUUUUAAAAGCAUCAAAAAGCACAAUAGAUUUCAUUCGCUUCGAAGCUGAGUUGGAGGAUCGUACUAAAUUGCGCAGUGCCAUUUCUCGCAUAGAUGGAGUGUCGCUGCGUUUAUCUGGUUUUAGUGAAUCAUUUCGGGUACGUGCAACCGAAACAAAAGAUGAAUUUCCCACCCGCCAUGAUUGGGAUUCAUUCUUUCGGGAUGCCAGCAAUAUGGAUGAGAUGAAGGCCGGUGAACGUCCUGACACCAUACAUCUAACGCACUUGCCCGUUCGAUGGUUUUGCCCCAGACAUAUGGAAAAUGACGACAAUGUCAAACCAAGCGAAAGUAUUUUCAAACGAAUUUUCGAGAAAUUCGGUAGCGUUCGUUAUGUGGAUAUACCCAUAUGCGAUCCCUAUCGAAACAAAAUGAACGCAGAUAUCAACGGCAUGAAGACAUUUAGCUAUGAGCAUGGAGUACUCUUUGAAGCUUACGUUCAAUUCGACGAGUAUAUGGGGUUUGUACGAGCAAUGGAUGACUUUAGAGGCAUGAAAUUAGUUCGCAAAUUUGUUGAUAAAACCCAAGCAAUUAACAUUAACGUUACUUUUGACAAAACGAAGCAUCUCAGCGAUGCACAGGUUCAACGUAGAGAGCGGGUACGCAAACGCUUGAUACAGAAGGCACAAAGUGAGGAAGAAGAACGAGAAAAGAAGAAAAAAGAAGAGCUUGAAAAACAAGAAAAAGAAAGGCAAAAAGAAGAACAGAUAAAAUUAGCUGAAUUAGAGAAGCAGCGCGAAAGAGAAGAGAAACGUAAGGAGAAACAUCUGAAAAAGAUACAGGAGAAAGGCCAAGUUGAAAUAUCACAGAAAAUCCGUAUCGAGGAGCGCAAAUUAAUGAUUGCCCAGAGAAAAUUGGAGAGCAUACGAAUAUUAGAAGAGCUUUUUGACCGCAUCAAGUUAAAACAUGAGGGAAAAUAUUCCAAAAUAGGUGUUGAGAGCAACAAGAUGGAUCUUCGAGACCGCUUGGUCGAAAAGUAUAAAAUGGCCACUGAAAAAUUGCUCACCGAACAGAAAAAAAAAGUAGAGGAAAUCAAAACAAAAACCCCACUAAUGGGUCUCUUAAAGAGUAGCAGACCUCGUCGCUCUGAAAGUUCUGAUGUGGAUGAAACUAAAGUGAAAGACAAACCUAUUAUCCCUCAGUCUACUACCGGUGCUGCAAGUGUGCCUGCAGUACCUAACGUUGGCCUGAAUCCUUUGAAUCCCUUCAAAGCUGUCGCAGCACUGGCUGCAACUCCGGGUACUUUGUCUACGGGGUAUCCGCCUGAAGCUGCUAACGAAUGGAUGAAAUCCCUGUCUAUGUUCCCGUAUGUCCCUCCUGUGUUUGGAGGGAUGUCUGCACUCUAUCGACCACCCACCGCUUUUCCUGUAUCCAUGAACUAUCGCGGUUAUGUACCUCGUAUACGUGGUCGCGGUCGAGGAAGCCGAGGCCGCGGUAGAGGUGGCUACGAAACAUCGUAUUACAAUAGUUACAAAAAUAAUUACGACGACGAACAGUACGAUGAAAAUGAUUACCGCAAAGAAUCGUAUUCACGCUCGAGAAAUCGUUCACGUAGUCGCUCCUACUCCUACUCACGCUCCCGUUCACGUAAACGUCAUUAUUCCAAGCGCAGCCGAUCUCGUUCGCGAAGCCGUAGUCGCAGUCGUACUCGUAGUCGAAGCCGUACACCUUCACGCUCCAGACAGCGCCGUUCACGUAGUCGAACACGUUCAGAACGUCGUUCGCAUUCACGUUCUUAUACACGCUCUCGCACUCGUUCCCGCUCGCACUCAAAAUCAAAAACGAGACGCACUUCACACUCCCGUGAUGAUUCCAAAACUCGCAAAUCGCGGUCACGUACACGUUCCAAAAGCCCGAUACAACAGCGUACUAAUAAGAAACUGGUAUCCACACGUCGUUCUUACUCGACAUCCGAAUCAUCCCGCUCACGUUCCAAGUCCCGUUCACGCACACACUCGAAGCGCUCUUGGUCCCGACGUGGUGAAAGAUCGCCAGGUAAAAGACAUGUUGUGUUAGAAGCUGACAAGUUAGUUCGAUCGGCGGAGGAAAUGAAACGUACAAUAGAAAAGGUAACCCAAGAUCGUAUGCGACAGGAGGAACGAGAGAUAAAAGAGAACUUCCGACACUGUAAGCCCAAUUCAACACGCAACGUAUCAAAUUCUGGUACCAUAGAUGCGGGGAAUGCAAUUGUGACGAGCUCUGAAAAUGAUAUGAAGGAUACGAAAUAUAGCGAAAACGGUGAUAGUAACGCAGAGUUAGUAGCCAAUUCAAUUGCUCCAGGUAAAAACAAGAGCGAAGAUGCCAAGCGAAGUCGCAGCAGAGAUCGUUCGCGUAAAUAUUCACAUCGCUCAUCUGGUUCAAGGCGCAACUCGUAUGAACAUGAGGCAGAUGCUUAUUAAAUACAUCAAACGCUUUUAUUUAAGACAAAAUAUAUAAAAAGUAACGUAGACGAAAAAAUUGAUUUAGUUUAUAUAAAGAAAUAAAUGUAAGCUGUACAUGUAAGACGAUAUAAAUAAGUAAAUGUUAAAAUUGCUGAGUAGAGACCUCAAAAAAGUAAAUUAUCUGAAACUUACAAAAUGUAUUAAAACUAAAAAUACAGUCAUUUGAUUAAUUACUUCAA